UUCAUACAGCGGGUGGUGAUUGGUCUGUCCCUAAAGCGUUGCAGUAUUUAGCUUUGGUGGUAAACGGUUUAAAUGUUUAUAGUAGAUAAUAAUAGUUGUGAGAUCAUGCAGUAAAAUCAGUCUAGAGAGAGUUAUGAGCGGUGACCUGCGUGAUUAAUUUCAGUGUCAUUGUGCCAUGGACGCGUUGAGCUCGUAAACAGCUGCAACAGCAGGGAAAGUUGAGAAGAACCCACGUGAAAUUCGCGGCAGCUUGUGCAGUUUGUGGAUGACAACCUAGAAUGCGACUGUUUACGGCAUGAACUCGUGUUUGGAUCGAAUAUGAAGUUUUAUUUAACUAGAAUCGCGAAUUGAAAGUUACAGACUCACUGAUUAUGGACACGUGGGUUAUCACCGUUAUGAUUUCACUGCUGCUGAUUGUGUUCCACGGAGAAACCGCUGACUUGGAAGAUUUGGAAGAAACACUGAAGGUUGAAAAUGAGGUGAUUCCUCGUAGUGGCGAGGUUGAGGAGGGGGAGGCUCUUUACCCCGGUGACACUGGAGCCCAGGGUACGAGACACGGUGAAUCCCAGCCUCCCCAAGUUCCCGUGACAGUUGGGGGUACCGCUGCUGGGGAGCCUUGCCUGUUCCCCUUCCUCUUUCUCGGGAAAGAGUAUCCGGCCUGCACCGCCGACGGACAGCCGGACGGCCGGCUCUGGUGCGCCACGACUGAUGACUAUGACCGCGAUAAAAGAUGGGGCUUCUGCGAAACGGAGGGACAGGCUGAGCAGCGGCACCGAGCUGUAGAAGCUGAGGAGAUGUACCAGAGAGCGUUGACCAUCAUCAAUAGCACCAGCAGAAGGAGCCAGAGAAGAAAGGAGUAUGAGAGGUUGGUGAAGGUGGCAGACAUGGGCCAUUCCAAAGCCAUGGAAAGAGUGGCAUAUGCCAUGCUGUUUGGAGACUAUCUUGCACAGAACAUCACACAGGCCAAGGACAUGUUGGAGAAGCUUGCCCUGGAUGGCUCUCCCAAAGCACAGAUGGCUCUUGGUUUCCUGUAUGCUGCUGGUUUAGGUGUGACCUCCAGCCAGGCAAAGGCACUGGUGUACUACACCUUUGGGGCCUUGGGAGGAAACUUGGUGGCUCACAUGAUUUUGGGUUACCGAUACUGGAGUGGGAUUGGGGUAAUGCAGAGCUGUGAAUCUGCCUUGACACACUACAGAGUGGUGGCUGAUCACGUGGCCAGUGACAUGUCCCUGGCUGCUGGCAGAGCUGUGCAGAGAGUGCGGCUCCUGGACGAGGUGGACCACCCUGGGGCGGCCAGUGGGACACUGGAGGAGGACCUCCUUCAGUACUACCAGCUGCUGGCAGAGAAGGGGGAUGUGCAGGCCCAGAUUGGCCUGGGACAGCUACACCUGCAUGGUGGCCGAGGGGUGGAGAUAAAUCACGAGAGGGCCUUCAGGUACUUCAGCCAAGCAGCAAAGCUGGGGAAUACUCACGCCAUGGCUUUCCUGGGAAAGAUGUACACAGAUGGCAGUGAUGCAGUGCCCCAGAACAAUGAGACUGCCCUGCAGUACUUCAGGAGGGCAGCUGAGCUGGGUGAUCCAGUGGGACAGAGUGGACUGGGCAUGGCCUACCUGUAUGGAAGGGGCAUCCCUGUGAACUACGAGCUGGCUUUGAGCUACUUGGAGAAGGCAGCAGAGCAGGGUUGGGUUGAUGCCCAGGUGCAGCUGGGCACCAUGUACUACAAUGGUGUUGGUGUGCAGCAGGACUACAAGCAGGCAUUGCAGUACUUCAGCCUAGCAUCCCAGACAGGCCACAUCCUGGCAUUCUAUAACCUGGCCCAGAUGCAUGCCUCUGGCACGGGCAUCAUGCGCUCGUGUCCCACAGCUGUAGAGCUGUUGAAGAACGUGUGUGAACAAGGACGUUGGUCCGACAGGUUUAUGGAAGCCUACAGAAGCUUCAGGGAAGGAGACCUUGAUGCCUCUGUGGCGCAGUACCUCGUGCUGGCAGAGCAGGGCUACGAAGUCGCUCAGAGCAAUGUGGCAUUUAUCCUGGACCAAACAAGAGUGACAAGGUUGUUCCAUGAAAAUGAGACAUACCCACGUGCUCUGCUGCACUGGACCAGGGCUGCAGCCCAGGGUUAUGUGGUGGCCAGGAUAAAGCUGGGAGACUACCACUUCUAUGGCUAUGGGACAGAUGUAGACUAUGAGACAGCCAUGAUGCACUACAGGCUGGCUUCUGAGCAGCAGCAUAGUGCCCAGGCCCUGUUCAACUUGGGCUACAUGUACGAGAAGGGUCUGGGUGUCAAGCAGGAUGUACACCUGGCCAAGCGUUUCUACGACAUGGCAGCAGAGUCCAGCCCAGAUGCCCAAGUCCCUGCCUUCCUGGCAACAUCCAACCUAUGGCUGGUCAACUCUGUGCAGUAUCUGCAGGAACUUGAUGUAAAGGAGCUUUUGUCAGGGGUGGACCUGGAUCAGCUGCUGGGACCAGAAUGGGACCUUUGUCUCAUGACUGUCUUUGCCCUGCUGCUUGGCACCAUCAUCGCCUACCGCCAGAGUCGACGGCAAGCUGCCAUAAGACUGGCUCAAAGAGGGGUUCCUGAUCAACCCCAGGCUGAGAACCAGCCUCAGUGAAAAGUCUCAUUGGAAGUGUGCAGUGAAGCAUUGAAAGCAACCAGACUGUGUCUCUCAGGGUGGCUUUUUUUUUUUUUUUUGGGUAAUGGCCACUAUGCCAGGACCACCCUAAUGUCAUGUUUUCAUUGGAACAGCUCCAAGAAGUCUUCCAUCAAGCUGCUAGAAGGUGACAAGAUGGGCAAUCAGUUUUUCUUGGAAAAUGAAGUGAGAUGGGGGGUGGAAUAUUCCAGGACUUUGAAGAAAAACUGUUGAUCGCAGACGUUCUCUUCCAAAAAAGUUGAAUCUGAGCCAGUAGCGGUACACGACACCCCUUCAUUUAAUAAGUAACACAGAUACCCCAUAAAGGGGAAGUGAAGACAUCAAAAAUGAAAUUUGUUCAUAUUUUGACUAGUUAUGAAUCCUGUACAAGUGUUCUAUAAUGCUACUAGCAACAUAUGCUGAUGAAGGAUAUUCCUUAUGGAACAGGUUCUGCAUGUUAUAUUUCAUAUCCUGUAAUCUUACUCUGUUGCUGUUUGGAACCCUGAUCUUGCCAGGAACAAGUCCUGCAUUUGUUAGUUAUGACAUGAAGGUACAGUAUUUAAAUGAAUUUGGCAGAAUUAAGAUUUUUUUUUUUUGUGAGGUGUUUCAGUGCACUUUUAGAGUUGAUGGGAUGCUCAGCUUACCAACACAAAGUUAGCUUAAAGCUUGUAAAUAUUUAAAAUUGAAGAGGAUUUAAGAUAAGUGACUUUAAUUGUAAAUUGAGGGAGCACUGUUACAAUUCCAAGUCAGGUUGUUCAUAUCUUGUGCUAAAAUUAUAAACAGAUCCCAGUUUUUACCAUGUUUAAAAUGAAGUGGUUACUUGAAUUUGUUC